GCAUUCUGUGACAGUGGCUGCAGAAGGCGUGGCCCAAGCUCUCACAAGCGAGGACUGGUCGACUGUGGAGACCUUGUUGCUGAAGGUCAUCCGCGGCUGCCUGGAGACAUGCCUGCUCGCUUCAAAAACCUGGGACUUCCCUGUGGAUGCCCCUUAUCUCAAGGCUGCGCAAAAAGUGCGGCGAAGAACUCCAUACAUGCCCACUUGGGGCAAUGGCUCUGCAGCAAAGACCUGCGAAGAGGCGAAGGCACACUGGAAGCAGGCCAAAGCAAAGGAGAAAGAGAUGAAGCUUUCAGAAGCUUCAAUUGCUGCUGCCUGGAUGGAUGAUGUUGGUGGCAAGCUCUCACUUCUAUGGGUUGUGCAUGACUUGGUGGCUCUAUGCCCUUGGACCUCCAGCAUGGAUGCUGGCUCUCUCAUGAAGUACAUGCAAGAGGAGUGUGAGGAAACAACUGCAGAGAUGGCAGCGCUCCGAACAAGAGCCUUUGGGGGCCGAUCUUGGACCCAAGUAGUUGCCGACUUGGUUGCGGAGCUUGGCGACGUGCAGUUUACACUGCUGCUUUCACUUUACAUCAUCGCGCGGGACUCAAACGUCAGUCCUGUGGGGCUUAUUCGGACACUGACUUCCCGCGUGUGCAAG